AUGCCAACAAACUCCUUCACAGCCAUCCCUGCUUCAGAAGUAGGAUCCUUCAACCCCGGAGGCCCAACAUCAACCUUCAACCCCAUCCAAGACCCCGCAACCAAAAACUACCGCCUAAACCACCUCGCCCUCCGCAUCACCGACCCCGCACGCUCCCUCCACUUUUAUAUCGACCUCCUCGGCAUGCGCAUAGUCUUCAACAUGAACGCAGGCCCAUUCACAAUCUACUACCUCGGCUACCCACCUCCAGACACAAGCGCAAAAGAAGUAGCAACUUGGGCAGAGAAAACAGCACAACCACCAAUCCUGACAACAACCAAUGGGUUGUUAGAACUUAUCCAUGUGCAUGGUACAGAAAAUAAUAGUAGUAUAGAAGGAGUAAUAUCGAAUGGUAAUGUCCCGCCUCAUUUGGGGUUCGCGCAUCUUGGAUUCACGGUUCCGGAUGUUAGGGCUGCUGUGGAGAGGUUGAGGGGUGGGGGAGUGGAGAUUUUGAAGGAUAUUGGGGUUUGUACGAGGGAGUCUGUGCCUUUGAGUGAGUGGGAAGCUGAGAGGGAGGUUGGGAGGGGGGAGAUUCAUGGAAACUAUGCGUGGUUUUUUGAACAGUUUGCUAUGGUUGCUGAUCCGGUGAGUUGA